AUGAUCGCUCGCUUCGGAUUGGUCUCUCAACGUUCGUUGAGCAUGUCUUCCCGCAUGGGCAAGCCCGAUCUGGUCACUCAAGCUUUCCUGAAGCAGAUCAAGGACUUGGCCGCCAAGCAAAAGUAAGUUGUUUUAUCGUUUGGUGUUUCUGGAAGUUUAGGGCUUUAUGAUGAAAGUGGUUUUCUGGUGUUGCGUUACUGAACGUUUAUAGUUGCUCAACUAGAUUGUUUUGCUAAUGGAUAUUUUUGUCUUCUCUUAAUUUUGAGGUUUUCAUCAGAUUUGGCGUUUUUAUAUUAUCCAUUCAUAGCUGGAUAGGACUUUGUAAGAAAUAGUUGAUAAACCUUUUCGGCAGGACGAGAUAGGCACUUGGUAGCUACAAAAAGCCCUUGUCAUUGAAUGUAUUAGUGGUUUACCGAGGUUUUUGAAAAUUUAAGCAUCAAUUUUUGUUAUUUUAACCAUACUUUACAUCAAGAUAAACUGUCGGCUUUAUUUUAAUAUUGGGGAUUUGAAGGUCCUUUUGCAGUGAACAGAAGAUUUGCUAACUAGUUUCUAACUCUUUCAAUUCUAGGGCCGCCGGUGGAUCUCUUGUCAACACCUCUCCCGAAAUCAAGAAGAAGCUCGACGACCAACUCAACAAACUCGCCCAAAAAUACAAACUAGCCAGCUCGGAUGUUGUCAGCAAACUCGAUGUGAAAUUCGAACAAGCCAAGGUGGAGAGUUCCGUCCAAACAGUGCUCGAGGGCAAAACUUUGGAUGAUCUGAUUGCUGAAGUUGCCAACGAGUAAGUCCUUCAAUUACAUUAUUGAAUUCUGUCUUUAGAGAGAAGGAAUACCUUGCUGAGCGUGAUGCCAAGAGAAAGGAGGAGGCCAAACGUCAAGCCGCUCUCGCCGACGCCAAGGCCUGA